AUGCAAGUCUUGGACGGAGCGGCCCAACUACGUGACUGGGACAGCAUUCUUCAGACUGAUGGGUCCUUCGAAGGUUCAUUUGAUCAGGCAGUAGACUCGGAUCAUGUGGCGUGGGUCGCAGACAGCAUGCUACACAUUCGGCCUACUUGGAUUGAUGAGACUCCAGGUGACAGCCAGGCUGUGCCGCACGUACAGACCGCCAAAUUGCGCUCCAAGGCCUCAGUGACAUUUGGCAAAGCCCGUGUCACGGCCAAGUUUCCUAAAGGUGAUUGGCUUUGGUCGACGAUAUCUUUAGAGCCUGCAGAGGAUUCGUACGGAAGUUUUCCAGGCUCCGGUCGCAUAGAUCUUGCACAAAUUCGUGGCAACGGCCGAGGAUUUUUGUCAGGAGGAAUCGACAAAGCUGAUCACUUGAUUCACUAUGGUGCUGCUGGCAUCUUGGCGAGCGAUUGUGCGUAUAAAGACAGGAACGUGGCUUCUCUUGGAGUGACAGACUUUGGCGCCGGCUUCCACACCUUUGGUGAUUUGGCUCGAUUAUCCUUCCAACACCAUGCUUCACUCGGCGUUCCCCGAGGCUUCUGGCGCAAGACUGGCUUUUCGUUAUACUUGGGUGGUGACCCCAGGCUCACCUACUCUGACCCUUGGACCAACGGCACACGCGCAGCGCCCUUUGAUGUUGCUUUCCAUCUCGUCAUUCGUGUUAAUGCUGGCAGUGUCGGGGGAAUCUUUGCUGACGUCGACGAGAAACCCUGGUACGAUGCUGCCGGUAGAGAAGCCGCCAUGCAUAACUUCAACCUACGAAAUCAGACGUGGCGAUCAACAUGGGGAAAACCAGAGCAGCAUACUCUGCAGAUCAAAUCAGCAAUGAUGUUUCAACAGCUUUCAGCAGAUUCCUCUUGGGCUUCAUAG